AUGACUCUUAUUGAAUCAACUCCCGAUGCCGGAACCGGUGCUCUGAUCAGACAGGAUCCGCUGUUGAUGCCAGAUCCAGAGCCGCUUUUUUCCAAGUGCUAUAAGUUUGAGAACGGUCGAGACCCUCGCGGGCAUCCUUCACCACUAGACUUGUUCAAACCUUGGUCUAUGGCAGCGGCGGUAGGAGUCGCAGAACUUGCAAAACCCGUUACUCCUCGUCGAAUAGAGAUUAAAGGCUCUUCUUGCUCAACGAGCCCAGAAGGUACCGAUUCCGGAAGUUGCUGGAGAGCCAGAGGUUACCUGCCAGGUGACCAUACAGUAAAAGCCCGGGGAGCCAAAAAAGGUCGUGUUAGACAAAGCCUCUCCCCAGAUGACCCAAGACAUCAAGCCUCUGUACGUCAAAGCUCACUUGAACGGGAAGCCCGUAUCACGGAUAUUGGAGGACCUGAUGUCAACGGAGGUUUCAGUUGUGGCCUUUACUGGGGGAACCCUUCCUUGCUUUCUUAUAUUGUAUUCGCUUCAAUCGCUCCUGAAUCGGCGGAUCAAAGAUCGGAAUACCUGACUUUCACUGCUAGAGGUGGAUUGGAUGAGAGGCCGCUAUUUGCUUGCUUCUCCUGUUCGCUCUAG